CGCCGCUUCGGUCUAAUAGGAGUGUCGAGUUUCCUUUCCUGUGUGAGAGCAGGUGAGACACACCUAAGCGAUACACAGCAGAGUUUACACCGACCAGUUAGUCGGUUUAACGAUUUAAGGUUGAAACUACUGACAGAGGAGAAACCGCUUCACCUGGACCCGUCCGAGCGGAGCGGCGAGACGCGUCAGGAGGCGGUGAACUCUUUCCUGUCGCUACUUUUACCCCGACUGCAGCUGAAAAUGCGUACAUCAUCCUCUUCCUCCCUCACGCCGUCUCUGCUCCUCUUCCUCCUUCUCCUGCGGCCCAAUGGCGCAGCAGGCUGCAGCGACACAUUCACCUCCGGUCAGGGCGACUUCGUGGUGGACGAGCAGGGCUCGGUGAAGGACGGAGCGAUGCUGCUGGACGCAGCGUACGUAGGAUCCGAGGCGGACUGCAAGCUCCGGUGCUGUGCGGACCCGCGCUGUAACCUGGCGCUGCUGGGGCCGCGCGGCACCGGAGCAGGAGGUGCGGAAAACCGGACCUGCGACCUGUUCAACUGCCUCUACAGACAGCAGUUCGUGUGCAGGUUCGCUAACCAGGAUGACUACCUGAGCUACAUCAGAAAGCCCGUUUUCCACAAAUACCUGGGGGAACCGCAGGGAUCAGGUCAGAAGGCUUCGGUCAUCGCCAACGCAGGUCCUGAUGUCGUCGUUCAGCCUGGAGAGAUGGUGCUGUUGAAUGGCAUUGAGAGCCUGGCACUGGGCAACACCCGCAUCACAGACUACGUCUGGAGUCAGCAGAGCGGAAGCGAAGAUGUAGAAAUGGAGCCGACCGAGCUGCGUGACCAGGUGAAGCUCUCCAACCUGCUGCCGGGCUCCUACGUCUUCAAGCUGAAGGUGUCCAACUCCAAAAAGCAAUCAGACGAAACCAGUGUCACCGUUCUCGUCCUCAGCCCGGAGCUGUCCAGCCUGUACUGUCUGGCUCCGGUGAAGGUCGGUCCAUGUCGCGCCGCGUUUCCUCGCUGGCGUUACAACGCUGCAACGGGCAGCUGCGAGAGCUUCAUCUUUGGAGGCUGCAAGCCAAACUACAAUAACUACCUGAGCCAGGAGGAGUGUGAGUUGGCCUGCAGGGGUGUCACAGCAACAACAGUCAGGGGUGCCGCUCUGCCCUCGGCCGCUGUGUGCGGGUCGGCGUGUCAGACUGAUCAGUGGAUGUGCAACGGCACCUGUUGCCUGGACAGAAGUCUGGAGUGUGACGGCGUGGGGCACUGCAGCGAUGGAUCAGACGAGGAAUCAUGCAUCAGAUUGAAUCAGACCUUCUCCCGCCUGCUGAGUCUCGACGUGAACCAUAGAAUAGCUCAGUGCACGGAAUCCCCCCGCACCGGGCCAUGUCGUGCGAGUCACACCCGCUGGUAUUACGACCCUCUGAACAAGAAGUGCCACCGCUUCACCUACGGUGGCUGUGAUGGAAACCAGAACAACUUUGAGAAGGAAGACAGGUGCAGAACAGAGUGCGACGGAGUAACAGAGCACAACGUGUUCUCUAAAGGGAUGUUUGAACGAUUCGAGAAGGUUGAUCGCAGCGACGACGACGACGACAGUGGCUCAGGUCAGAAAAUGUCCUUCACCUCUGAUUCAGGCUCCAUAGCGCUGGCUGUGAUUCUGACGGUGGCCAUCUUGGCUCUGCUGGCCAUCCUCACCUACUGCUUCCUGAAGGCCAGGAGACAACGCACCCAUAGGCCUGUCACCACAGGCACCGCCCAAGUGCCGCUGUCAGAGCAGGAAACGCUCGUUUACAACAGCACCACCAAACCUGUGUGAUGCCAUCACCUGUUUGACAUGUUGGUUCAUUUUCUUCUGUGUAUCAGUAGGAACCAGACAGUAUUGUACUGGAACCUGCUUUGUCCAGUUAAGUUCCUAGUCAGUGGACGGAGGGUCAGGGAGUGUCAGAACCUGGACCGGACUUUGGACUGGAGCUAAUAAGCUUCUAUGUCUCUGUGAAACUUGCUUGGAUCUGUUAGUGUGUCAGGUUUCUGUCAUUUUAUCUUUAACAUAUUUAUGAUUUCCGUAGGGGUAUCGGGCUUGUUUUAAUUCAGAGUUAACAUUUUUUUGAUUGUAAAUGUGAAGUUUAAUGUUGAUUUAAUAGCCUCAGGGCCAUGUCUGCUCUCAUCAUGUUUUUAUAGUUUUUUUUUAUGAUGAACUUGUCAAUAAAGCCACGUGGGAACAGUAAACACACGA